CUGUGCCCCAGAAAGAUACUGUGACUUAUUGACUUAUUCUGUGCGAUACACUUUCAUAUGCAUUGUGAGUAUCGCGGGACGAAAGAGUAGUUCUUGCAAUUGGUCAUCGGGCCAGGCCGUGGGUACCGGUACACGCUCCCACCGGCCAGUGGAUAUACAGCUCUUCCUCCAUGUACUGACGGGAUAGUACUGUCGAAACUCAUUUUUCUCUCCUCUCACCACCCCAUUCGUAUUCGACAUGGAGGCUGCAUCCGAUGCACUAAUAUCUCGGGAUAGUGCAUCCUCAAUGCCCUCGUCUGCAGUGCGAGCAGCCAAGGAUGUCACGUUCGGGAGUAUCGCAGGCAUGGUCUCCAAAGUCUUCGAGCACCCAUUCGACUUGACGAAAGUGCGGUUACAAUCACAAGUCCUCGAUACCACUGCUAGAUUCAACGGCCCAAUAGACUGUCUCGUCAAGACAUGGAAAAAUGAAGGAGUUAGGGGUCUUUACCGUGGCCUUCCAGCGCCAAUAGCGGGCGCCAUGCUGGAGAAUGCUUCACUUUUUAUGUCAUACAGCGAACUUCAAAACGUGAUACGACGUAUCAAUGCUCAACCCUUGUCACACGAUCUUUCGUUACCUCAAUUCGCAUUGGCUGGUGCAGGCGCGGGCGCCAUCACUAGUUUCUUACUCACACCCGUGGAGCUUGUAAAAUGUAAAAUGCAAGUUCAGAUGAUCGCUCCCAAGAUACCUCAACCCACUGCAACAGCAACCCUAGACUCAAGUAUCAGACCCAUUUCUCGCCCCCUUCUCGGUCCUAUCGCCGUUCUAGUAUCUGUUAUCCGUACAGAAGGCCUCCGCGGCCUUUGGCUCGGCCAAACCGGGACCCUCAUCCGUGAAUGCGGCGGUGGAGCCGCAUGGUUUACCACAAAAGAGUUUGUCGGAACAACGCUCAUCAAGCGACGUGGCUCCGAGCUUACACGGAAAGACAUCCUUCCAUGGGAAUCUGCGUUAUCUGGUGCAUGCGCAGGUGGAAUUUUCAACUUUUCCAUGUUUCCCGCCGACAGCGUCAAGAGUACGAUGCAGACUGAGGAAGACUUACGUCCUCGUGGCAAUAACGCCCCCAAGCCGACGUUCCUUGGCACUGCGAGAGCAAUGUACAGGGCGCAAGGUGUGAAGGGGCUUUACGCUGGGUGCGGUAUCACUGUUGCUAGAUCAAUACCCAGCAGCGCGAUUAUAUUCCUGAUUUACGAUGGCUUAAGUAGACGAUUUGGAUAGUAGAAUAAGCACUAGAGCAAAUUGUAUGUAUGUAUAUGGCUGAUGCCCACCAGGUAACUCGCACAAUGUAUUGACGU